AUGAUUCCGAACACUCUCCCAAAGGUUAUCCAGGUCAACUUUGAGGAGUUUGACAUGGAGAUCGGCUAUGACUCGUUAACCAUCGGAGACGGAGGGCAAGUUGGAGACUCAAGAACUAUAAUACAAGUCCUGACAGGUAGCUUCGUGCCUGACCUCAUUGUCAGCAUGUCCCAUCAAAUGUGGCUGCACCUUCAGUCUGAUGAGAGCGUGGGAUCUAUCGGCUUCAAGAUCAACUAUAAAGAGAUUGAUAAGGAGAGUUGUGGGGACCCAGGCACACCUCUGUAUGGCUUCCAGGAGGGCAGUGGGUUUCUGAACGGGAACGUGCUGCGGUUCGAGUGCCAGUUUGGCUUCGAGCUGAUUGGAGAGAGGAUGAUCACCUGUCAGAACAACAACCAAUGGUCUGCUAACAUCCCCAUUUGCAUAUUCCCAUGUUUCUCCAACUUCACGGCGGCCGUGGGCACUGUGCUGUCCCCUGACUACCCAGAGGGCUAUGGGAACAACAUGAACUGUGUGUGGAUCAUCAUCUCUGAACCAGGCAGCCGGAUCCACCUGGCCUUCAACGACUUUGACCUGGAGCCUCCAUACGACUUCCUCACCGUGAAGGACGGAGACCAGACGGGCUCGUCCAUCCUGGGGAGAUACUCGGGGGCCGAGGUGCCGUCUCACUUCACCUCCAACAGUAACAUACUGCAGCUGGAGUUCCAGGCUGACCACUCCAUGUCCGGAAGAGGAUUCAACAUCACCUACAGUA